GCACUAUCAGACCUGCAAAAAGAUAAGCACGUUACACAAACCUUUUAUGGCAUUUAUUGCAUUGACUUUUAUUUUGAAUAAUUCCACAGUUCUUUAUGCACCGUGAAUCAAGGUGAUCCCGUGAAUUCCACUUGACAGUUGACACAUCGAUAGCUCAAUGUUGCUGUGUGCUUUCUAUUUUUGAUUAUUUUUAUAAUUGUUGUCUUGUAUGGGCUGCCUGCUGGCAAGAACAAGAACAAGAAGCCCUAAGUAAAAUUGUUCCUUCAACUUACAGCCAGCAUGUCUUCAAGGGGCGGAUCGGAUCCCAGAGCGGAGCUGGCGGAACUGGUGAAGAAAAGAGCCGACAUAUCGGAGACGCUGGCGAACCUGGAGCGUCAGAUCUACCUGUUCGAGGGUAGCUACCUGGAGGACACCCAGCAGUACGGCAACAUCAUCCGCGGCUGGGACCGCUACCUCUCCGUCAACAAGAACAGCACCAGCAAACAGGACAAGCGCAGCAGGAAGUUCAAGGACGCCGAGCGACUCUUCUCCAAGUCGUCAAUCACAUCGAUAGCGGCGGUGAACGGCAGCAUGGAACACAAUCACCACUCCUACCGCGGCACCGAUACAGACUCCCAGGGCGCCCACAGCGGAUCUGAGGAGGUGAACGGCUCCGUAGACGGCGUCAGCGACCUCAGCGAGCGAGACCUCUUCCGCGCCAAAAAGAACCGGCUCAAGAAGGUGUCGAAAAAGGUGCCGCGCCACCGCUGAGCUCGGCAUCUGUGGAUGGGUGCUGUGGGUGGGUGGAGUGUGACCCGCGCCGAGGAGGGUGGACGGUGGGUGUCCACCAGCGCUGCUACAGCUGACAGCGGCUAUGGAGACUGGUUUCAAUCAGCCGAGGAGGGUUGGAGGUGGACUGUGGAUGCCACCAGUGCUGCUACCGCUGAGAGCGGCGACACAUGGAGAUUGGCUAAUCAUGUCAUGGGCGGCCGCAGGUGGGCGCCCUCUAGCGCUACGCUAUGGCUCGGAGCGGUAAUGGGCCAAGACUGGUUAAGACGCCACGGACAACUUCCCGCUCGUUAUGACCAACUGGACGAUGCCCAGCAGCGUGUUGAGCUCUGUCAUGAGACUGAUGUACCUGGUGCUGGUGAUUGACCAGCGCCGAGCGGACGUGCUUAUUCUCAAACAUUCAUCGCUGGCGUGGGUGUGUACUGCGUAUAGCCAGCGGUAUUCAAUAAUGCCGAGCACAGUCGUACGAGGAAAGUGCGGCUGUGCAGAAUGACUUGUACUGUUUCCUAGGUUUACAGCUGUAACCGAAUCGAUGGUGACCUGCUCAGCAUUCGUGUGUAGUGUUUCAACUGUGUAACCCCGUGUACCUGUGUUCCUCUAUGAAAUGCACCGAACGUCAUUCAUG